ACAAAAAACUGAGACCAUGAGUAGCAUACAAUGGCUUGGAUUAUUGGUGAUACUGACAUAUCUUGUACUUAAUGGUCACAUUUGCAAUGCUGUCAAAGUAUCUGAGACGGUGUGUAAUGACGGAGGGACUGAGUGUGCUGCUAUCACAAAUUCAGCAUGUGACGUUCAAAAUCAAAAAUGUAAAUGCAAUAAUGGCUUUAAGGAAGAUGCUAACGAUGGGAGUACAUGCAUAAAAGGCAAAGUAUCAGAAAAGGUGUGUAGUGACGGAGGGACUGAGUGUAAUACUAUUACAAAUUCAGCUUGUGACGUCCAAAAUCUAAAAUGUAAAUGCAAUAAUGGCUUUAAGGAAGAUGCUAACGAUGGGAGUACAUGCAUAAAAGCUCAGGUUUCUACAGUGGUAUGUUCAGCCUCGGGGAAUGAGUGUAAUGCUAUCCCGUUUGCGGUAUGUGAUACACCCACCAACCUUAAAUGUAAAUGUAAGGACGGUUACAAGGAAGAUUCAAAUGGUGGAAUUACUUGCAUUAAAGUGCUAGGAACUCAGUGCUCCGGAAACAUUGCCUGUCCAGGUGCCACUAAUUCAGCCUGCACAGGUUCUAAAUGCACUUGCAGCACAGACUAUGGUGAGAGAGACAAUGUCUGCAAAAAAUUGUUGAAUACCGUGACGUGUUCGGCAAAUGGUAAGGAAUGUGACACACUAGACCAUGCUGAAUGUGAUGAUAAGGGAAAAUGUACAUGCUCGGCUGGUUUCACAAUGAACGUCGAUGUCUGCACAGCUAAGAAUUCGGGUACUACUCUGUCAAUGAAACUCGGUAUCUUUGUUCUACCCGUAUUGGUUGCAAUUCAUGCGGCAUUCAAAUGGUAACGUAAUGAGUAUUAGCUGAAGAAUGUCAACAGCUGACUUUAUGGUUCGGAUUUUUUUCGGAAAGACUUAUUUGUAGUAUUCACUAUUUUGUUUUAAAGAGUGACAUAUUUAGUGGUUGAAGUUUUUUUAAAGGGCUAAAAGUAUUAAUUAUAUGCGAAAAAUUAUUAUCUACAAAUCUACAAAGUGGAAAAUGUGAAAAAUUAUUCAGAUAUCAUAUUAAUUACUUGCUAUUAUUUUAAAACUUCAAACGAACAUUGUCGUUGAAUAAUUGCACGAUUAUUAAGACCAACCAUUUACUUAUUUUUAUCUAUGAUUUUCUGUACUUGAUAUUACUUGUUACUUACGUGAUUGUGAGAAAAACAAGAAGAUGUAUAAAAGUACAAGAAGUAUGAUUAGAUUUAUAAGUAAAAAUAUAUUAAAAGAUAAACAGAUGUACAGACAUUAAAGCUUUCAAUCUA